CGCGAGACGACGCAUGGACAAAUUGGAUCGGUCUAUCAAGUGAAUCUUCCUUUAAGAAAAAUUGGUGCAACUAUGGAACGAUUGUUAGUGUUGAUAACGGUUCUCUAUCAGCCGGUGCAUUUGGCGAAGGAAUAUCCGGAAUCGAUAUUGGUGCUGUUGAUUUUGGCCCUCAUAUUCCUACUUGGAAUAACGGAAGUGUUGAUUCCCAAAACGUUGCUGCCGAGACCGAGUGGGGCCGCCAGACCUAAAAGUGCGCGAUACUAUGUUAAUCAGCUGCCCGGACCGCAAUUUUUACCGUUUUUGGGGAAUGCCCUGCAGAUGGUGAUGAAUCGUGAAGAUGAACUGAGCAAAAUAACCGGUGUUCGUAAACUGUAUGGCCGACGACAGGGAAUGUGUCGACUUUGGAACGGUUCAGUCCCCUACGUGUUGAUCUCUAAAGCUCAGGUGAUCGAAAAGAUUUUCACUGGAUCCAGUGGUCAGAUCAACAUCAUAAAAGGUCGAGACUAUGACUUCCUGAGACCAUGGCUAGGGAACGGUCUCUUUACGCGGCCAGCUGCUGGUUGGUAUCAUCGACGGAAAGCUUUAAAUCCUGCUUUUAACUAUGGGAUGCUGCUGGAAUAUCUAGAAGUUUUCAACAAACAGGCGGAAACCCUGGUUAAGCAACUGGAGAAGGAAGUUGACCGUCUGGAGGGGUUCGAUUGUACCCGAUAUGCUACUUUUUGCUCAUUGGAUAUUAUUUUCGAAACCGCUAUGGGUUGUUCAAUCCACGCACAAAAAAAUAUUGAAACUGACUACGUCAAAGCACAUCAAGAGAUUAUUAAAAUCGUCACUAACCGCAUCAACAAUGUUUGGCUACAACCAGAGUGGAUUUUUAGAUGGACCAACCUCUACCAACGUCAUCAAAAGUGUCUCAAAGUAUUGGAAAAAUUCUCCGAUAAGGUAAUUCAUCAGAAAAGGAUUCAGUUGGGCAAUCAAAAGCAGUCUACUAACAUUGACUGCGAAAACAACGACAUCGGAACAAAAAAGCAGCGAGCAUUCCUAGAUCUCCUUUUGGAAAUUACUCAAAACGGAGUAGGCUUGACCGAUAAGGAGAUUCGAGAAGAAAUAAAUACCUUCAUCUUGGGAGGCCAUGAAACGACUGCUACCGCCAUAAGCCUACUUCUGUUCCUGCUGGGAACGGAAGAUCAAAUUCAGCAACGACUGUUUAACGAAAUUGACGCCGUCAUGGGCCACGAUCGAGAUCGACCUCCUACGAUGAUCGAGCUCAACGAAAUGAAAUAUCUGGACUGUUGUAUUCGUGAAGCUCAGCGACUAUUUCCUAUCGUUCCGCUUAUCGCUAGGCGACUCGUCGAAGACGUUCAAGUAGACAAGUACACUCUUCCAGCGGGAACUAACGCAGUAAUAGUCAUCUAUCAGCUGCACCGAGAUCCGGAAGUGUUUCCUAAUCCGGAAAAAUUCGACCCGGAUCGAUUCCUGCCAGAAAACGUUAUUGGUCGUCACCCAUUCGCGUACAUGCCAUUCAGUGGAGGCAAUCGAAACUGUAUCGGUCAAAAGUUUGCUUUACUCGAAGAAAAGGCGGUCAUGGUGGCAGUUCUCAGAAAAUAUCGAAUUCAUUCGCUAGUUCGGCGUGAGGAUCUCACCCUCUACGGUGAGCUGGUAUUGAAAUCCAAAAAUGGACUUCCGAUAAGAAUUUCCCGGCGAGAAUAA